GCAAUGAUGAGAUGGAUUCAUACGGUUCUCAGUUGAGUUUCCCUUUACAUCAAUGGGUGCUUGUAGCCCACCAAUUUCCCAUCUUCUUCCCAACCCUAACAAAACCCUUAUUACUAACACCACCAGGAAACCAUUCUUCAUCAUCCUCUCCUCCUCAUCAAAACACCAAUUAACAAUACAAAGGAGGCAAUUAUUGUUGCUUUCGCUUCCAAUCUCUAUCACUACCAUUCAAUUGACUUGUUCUUCGUCUUCAGCUGUCGCGGCCCCUAUUUUCGAUCCUAUUUCGGAACCUGAGAGAGCUGCCAGCUUGGAGGUGUCCCGAAGAGUGGCGGAAGCGGUGGAGCUUCUUGAGAAAGGGAGGGAAUUUCAGGCCCAGGGUGACUAUGUCCAAGCUCUUCAAUACUUCACUCAGGUUGUAAGAGAAUACAAGGACUUUGCUCUUUCAGAGUAUGCAAGAGUUGGUAGAGCCUUAGCCUUAUACGAAGUCGGGGACAAAAAUGAAGCCAUAUCAGAAAUGGAGGAUGUUUCCAUUUCGUUAAAAGGAAGUCCAGAAGUGCAUGCAGCUCUAGCAGCGGCGUUAUACUCUGAUAAGCAUGCCUCAGUGCUUGCAGAAAACCAGUUCACAAUAGCAACUCUUCUCGAUCCAAAAUAUACGGAUCUUGGAUACGUAAAAGAUACAAAGCACUGGCCCCCGAGUUUGGUUCGGUCUUUGCAAGAUUUUAUCACGCUUUCAUAAGGUCAUCCAAACAGGACAGAAACUCAACGAACUUUCCUCCUACCAUUAUAUAUGUACUUACAUCUUUUCUUGAAGUGAACGAAAGCUUACUUCUAUUUGUUGGGUACAUGAACAUGAAGCAUACGAAAAUAUACGUGUAUACUUUUACAUUUUUCUUGCACUUACUUGUUUUGUGCAAUAUACUGAACCCUUCAAUCUCAUUCUUUUACUUUC